AGUGACCUUUGGAAAAUUGCUGUUUACAGACUCGCUGGUAAAUGGCGUGGAAGCUGCUUGUCCCCCUGCCAGCGCUGGUCCCUGUCAAUACUGCCGGCUCCAGAGGGGCUUGCUCGCUUGGUCUGUGCAACCCCCAGGUGCUGAGCAGACAGCAGAGGAACAUUUGCACGAGGAACAAGAGGCAUCCGAGACUCCAGGUUCUGCCCUCUGAAUCCAGCCUCCACCUGAUCUUCCUUCCACCUCCUGCCCCGGACGCCUCCCCACAAUGGUCGCCUCUCUGAAGCUCUGGCCCCUGUUGGUUGCUGUGACGCUCUGUGUGCUGUUCUGCCUGGGCACCUUGGUAGACGCCUACCCUCCAAAACCAGAGAAUCCUGGAGAUGACGCGUCCCCUGAAGAGAUGGCCAAAUACUUCUCUGCUCUUCGACAUUACAUCAACCUGGUGACAAGGCAGAGGUAUGGGAAGCGAUCCAGCCCUGAGGCCUUGGUGUCUGAGCUGCUCUUUGGGGACAGCAGUGAUCACACUGGGAGAUCACGGUAUGAGGACUCCUCCAUGUGGUGAUCAGCCUCCUGCCCUUCCCCAUGGCCUCUUUUCAAAUGUUUCGGUGUUAUUUGCAUUUUAAUUGAGCCCCCCCUCCCAGGACCUGGAAAUCUUUUUGUGAAGAUCUCCUUGCUUCCUGCCCUUCCCAUCCAAGCCCCCCACUCCCCUGGCCCCUCCCCAGGCACCGUGAGUCCCUUCUCUCCCCACUUCCAGCUCUGGGAGGGGAUCCUUUCCAGCUCUCAAAGCCCAUGUGGUGCUGAGGAACCCCCAUGCCCCACAAGGGGGGGGAGGCACUGAGAUGGGGCUGUGCUCCGGGGUGGGGUCAGGGUUGGCGGGGGCAGGUGGUUUGUCUGUGUACCCAUGUCAAUGUGCUGCAGCCAGUUGUGAAGGCUGAGAGCCCCCCCCCCCCCGGUUGAUUUUUAUUUUAUACGUCAUUUAUAGACACAUUUGCAAUGAAUUCUCUGGUCUCUGCCUACACAAUAAAGAGCAAAUUUCAUGGAAA